GAGUGCGGGGGAGCCAGCAUCUGCGUCCACGGCCGGAGGCGAUCUCGAUGCAGGGAGUGCGGGGGAGCCAGCAUCUGCCCCCACGGCCGGAGGCGAUCUGAAUGCAAGGAGUGCGGGGGAGGCAGCGUCUGCCCCCACGGCCGGAGGCAAUCUCGAUGCAAGGAGUGCGGGGGAGGCAGCGUCUGCCCCCACGGCCGGAGGCGCUCCGAAUGCAACGAGUGCGGGGGAGGCAGCGUCUGCCCCCACGGCCGUCAGCGAUCUACAUGCAGGGAGUGCGGGGGAGGCAGCAUCUGCCCCCACGGCCGUCAGCGAUCUACAUGCAAGGAGUGCGGGGGAGCCAGC